AUGAAUAGAAGUUUAAAGAAAAUUUUGCCUAUAAUAGUAUCAGAUAUUGAUGGAGUUUUGAUUCAGGAAUAAAAAGCAAUACUUGGAGUUCCUGAAGCUCUUAAGUAGGUGAGAAAGCCUUUAGGCUAAUUACAUCCAAUUUAAUAUGCUAACGAAUAAAAGUCGCAAUUACCAUUCGUAUUAUUGACAAAUAAUUAAUAUAACAAUUCAACUGAACAACAAAGAAUUGGAAUUCUCAACUAGCAAUUAGGUCUACUGAAUCCUUAUGAAAUGAUUACUCCAAAUUAAUUGGUAAUGAAUUAUACCGCAAUUAAGCCUCACUUAUAAUCAUACAAAGAUAAGCUUAUUCUUGUAGCUGGAAUAGAUGAGGAGCAUAUAUUUUUGAAAGAUUCUGGAAUCACUAAUUUUAUUACUUUAGAAGAAUAUGCUGCCCUUUUCCCUUUUUUAGUGCCAAUUUCUAAAAGAAAUUAAGCAGAUGUUGAACCAACCCGCUAAAAAAUUUAAAAAAGAUUAAAUCUUAGUGAAAUUAACAUAUUAGAGCCUCUAUAGAUUAAUGCUGUAUUUAUCUUAGGUGAAGUGGUUAAAUGGGAAGAAUGUGUUUAAAUUAUUUGUGAUUUAUUGACUACAUCUGAUGGAAGAAUAGCUUAAGUAUUUCCAAAUCCUGCCCCUGAAAAAACCAUUUAAAUAUAUGUGAGUAGCAAUACAAUUAUUUAUAGAGAAAAAGGUUAAUUACCUAAAGUAGGCUCUGGAAUGCUUUAGUUAGCUAUUGAUCAAUGUUAUCAGCUUAUGCAUCACAAACCAAUUCCUAAAAGCACAUUUAAAACAUUUGGCAAGCCUUAAAGAUCAGCUUUUGAAGCAGCUUUAUAAAAGGCCCUUGAACUUAUUGAUGAAUAAAAGUAUUAAGCCGGUUAAAUUUACAUGAUAGGAGAUAAUUAUAACUAAGAUAUUUUGGGUGCAAAAGAAAUGGGAUGGAAAACUAUAUUGGUUAAAUAAGGAUAGAACAAGCAAGGAGAAAAGCAUAAUAGUGAUUAUAUAGUUAAAGAUUUCUAACAAGCAGUCAAAUUAAUAUUUAAGAAACACUAAUUUAAUUAUGAUAUCUGA